GUCGACUCGGGGCUAAACCUUCAAAAGUGCGCCACAGCAUGAACAUGAAGGACUUCCGAGUGUCACCAGGCCUGCAAACCUGUCUUGCAACUCACCCGGACCUCCCCGUCGGACGAUUCACCACGUUUCCAUCACCGGCACGGUAUAGUCUCGGGUCGCCCGCCUUUCACAUGUUCCCGAAGGAAUCCUCCCAACACAUGGAGCUUGCCGGACCCAAUUUCCAUCCACGCUUCCGGCGAGCGGUAACCUGGGGUAUCCAGACGUCAGCUGACGCGACUGGCACUUCGAAUUUCUGAGCCUCUGCAGAUCAAUCAUGUGGAGAAGCCCUCGUCUUUCGUUCUUCCCCAAAGGAUCCCUAUUUCUUUUCGUACGAGGGUUUAUUACAUCGAGUGAGGCUUGCAGCUGAGUGUGUCCCCGGAGACCUGCGUGGACUCGCAACCUUGGCCGUGUAAUCUCGCUAAACCCCACGCACAUCUCCGAUCUGAUGAGCGUCAGAAAGUCUGACAGUUCUCACCAGCCCCAGAGCGUCUUCUCAGCCAAUCCGACUCCUGGGAACGAGACGGCCUCCGGGGGUGUACCUUCUACAAAAUGCGCAGCGGGGGUAUCCCUUCCCUUUCCCCUGUUGCCACUCUCCCAGCUGGACGACGACGACCAUGCCAAGCACAAGCCUUGCGGCGGCGGAGCUGCCCUCGAUCCCACUCACCAUCGGCACCGCGUUCAUCGGGUUCUCCGUCAGCUGUGUGCUGUUUGGUGUCAGCACCAACCAGACGCUCACCUAUUUCAUCCGCUAUCCUGACGACUGGUUCGUCUACAAGCUGCUGCACGCGCGGGGGGCUGAAGAGCUGCGCAGGCUACUCAACAUCCUGGAUCAAGCGCUGAUCGGACACGCCGUGUACUUCUACUGUAUUAUGAACUACAACUCGAUUUAUGUUUUAUUUGAACACAAAGUGACGCCAUCCCUCAUUCUUCAGUUGACUGUUGGGUCUGUUAUCGGAGCUAUCGUGCGACUAUGUUUCGCGACCCGAAUCUGGCGAUUCAGCCAGCAGAACAUCCUUGUGACCUCCAUUGUCGUAAUAUUGACGCUUACCCAGUUCGGAGCUGCGAUUGCUUUCACGCUUAAAUGCUUCCAGAGUCCAUUCGUCGCGACGCUUCCCAAACUCAAGUUCAUUGCGUCGUUGGCAUUGGGCAUCAACGUUGCAACAGAUGUGUUUACCGCGUGCGGAUUGGCGUUCUUCCUCCGCCGUUUUAGGACGGGACACGCGCAAUCGGAUUCGAUCGUCAACAAGCUGACGAUCUACGCCGUAAACACCGGCGCGGUGACUUCCGCAUGCAGUCUUGGCACGCUGCUUUCCUACGACCUGCGGCGCAACAACUUCCAGUUCCUGGCGUUCUAUUUCGUGCUCUCCAAACGCAAGAUCUUUUCCAUUUCUCGCCUGCAUUCCACUCAUCGCAGCACCAUUAGUCUACCCGAUCGCGUUUCUCAGCACGCUCAACACGAGGAAGGUCGUCCGAGGCAAAGGCACAGACCACAGCCGGAAGAGUAUGAUACCGGACACUUCCGGCCGGAUCAUUCUCCGCCCGUUCCACUGCCCCAAUCCUCCCAAUCGAUGUCACUCACGGGCCGAGCUCCGACCCUGCACUGGUAUUCAGAGGCGUACGGCGUGGGCAGCGGGAUCUCCAACCUCUCGGCUCGGCCUCGGCCUGUGGAAGGUCUCCGGCUAGAUACCAAGAGCCCGAUUUCCGAGGAAGACAGCCCGGUGGAGGCCUCGUCUUUUGAGGCGCCCACGCCGACGACCCCCGAGGCGGCGUUCAAUCCCUUCCUUGGCCGGAAGUCCUCUCAAUCGGGGACGAGACCCGGCCAGAAAUCAUUCCGCGGAGAAGCGUUCUAAGUUGUGUUAUUGUGUUAUUUUCUGGGUUGUACUCGACUACGGUCUCUCUUCAUGCGCGAGGCGAUCCAUUUCUGCUUGUUCUGAUCCACGGUCUCGCCCUUGCUAUGCGAGACAUACCAAUACAGGAGAUGCACAUCGUCCUGCGCCGCAAAUCAGUCUACUGCACCCAGCGCGGAGAGAGAGAAAG